AUGGCGCGGCUCUCCGGUCUACAGCGGGAGGUUCUAUCCCUGUACCGGCAGUGCCUGCGUGAGGUCCGCAAGAAGCCUAUCGACUCUCAACCCAAUUUCAAAAACUACGCCCGCCAUCGGUGCAUUCCGGCUGACGAGUAUUGUCGGCGUAGUGCGGAAUUCCAAAAACAUCUCUCGGUGAAUAAGAAGGACUUUAGUGCCAUUGAAUAUCUUCUACGAAAAGGUCAUCGUCAGCUGGAGAUGUAUGCUUCUCCGGGCAUUCGCAAUAUCCGAUGA